AUGUCCUUACUGAGGGCGGGACUCAGAAGUCUGCCCGCCAUCCGCGCGUCAACCUUCAGAUGUGCGCAUCGAGCACCGCGCGCGUUCCUCUCCUUCCCCAAGCCUAGGAGGUAUCAGCAUCUUGCAGAUAAACAGCCUCCGUCCUCAGGAAAGCCAGCGCCAACCCCUGCCGCACCGGAGGUUGCGAAAGCGCCGGUCCCUGCCGCCAAACCAACUCCGCAUCGCAGCGACGAUGUCUCCGCUGCCGAGCAGAGAAGAACGGACUGGAAGAUCGUCAAGCAGCUCGUCCAGCACGUCUGGCCGAAGGGGGACUGGAAGACGCGAGGGAUCGUGGUCCUGGGCUUUGGCCUGCUCAUCGGCGGCAAGCUCCUCAACGUGCAAGUCCCCCUCAUCUUCAAGGACAUCGUGGACACCCUCAACGUCGACCUCCCCGUGGAGACUACCGUCUGGGCCGUUGCGGGCACCCUCAUAGUCGGCUAUGGCGCGGCGCGCAUCGGCGCGAACGUCUUCGGCGAGCUGCUGAAUGCCGUUUUCGCGCACAUCGGGCAGCGCGCGGUGCGCAAGCUCGCGCGGGAGACGUUCGAGCACCUGCUCAAUAUGGACAUGCGCUUCCACCUCGCGCGGCAGACGGGCGGGCUCACGCGCGCCAUCGACCGUGGGACGAAGGGCAUCACCUUCCUGCUGCAGGCGAUCCUAUUCCGUAUAGCGCCGACAGCUCUCGAGAUCUCCAUGGUGUGCGGUAUACUGACCUACAAGUUUGGCUGGGACUUCGCCAUAAUCACGGCAGCUGCCUUGGGCGCUUAUACUUGGUUCACGAUUCGGACGACUUCUUGGAGGACGCGGUUCCGCCGAGAUGCGAACAAGGCGGACAACAAGGCCGCCUCCGUCGCUGUGGACUCGCUGAUCAACUACGAAGCCGUCAAGAACUUCAACAACGAGAAGCACGAAGUCGCAAUGUACGACAAGCAUCUGGCGGACUACGAAAAGUCGUCGAUCAAGAUUACGACGUCCCUCGCCUUCCUGAACUCGGGCCAGAACGUCAUCUUCUCCGGCGCGCUGACCAUGGCAAUGUGGCUCGCCGCGGAUGGUGUCCUCAGCCACCAAAUGACCGUCGGUGACCUCGUCAUGGUCAACCAGCUCAUCUACCAGCUUUCCCUCCCGCUCAACUUCCUCGGCACCAUCUACCGCGAGAUGCGCCAGAACCUCCUCGACAUGGAGGUCCUCUUCCGCCUCCGCGAGGAUCACCCGCCGCCGCCCGCCAACCCCAACGCGAAACCCUUGCACCUAACCAAAGGUGAAAUCCGCUUCGACAACGUGCACUUCGCGUACGACCCCGCAAGGCCUAUCUUCCGCGGCCUCUCCUUCACGAUCCCGGGCGGGAAGAAGGUCGCGUUCGUCGGGCCGUCCGGCUGGGUUUGA